AUGCAUAUUGGCAAUGUAUUUGAUGUCGAUUCCGAGAAUAAUUCUGCAUCAAUUUCACGAAUAUUCGACGUCGAAUUCGCGAAGGUUUCGGCAGAAUUUGUUAGUCGGCAUUACAAUCAAAUUCUGGGUCUUAUUAUCACUAGCCAG